AAAAAAUAUGGUUAUGUUUCGUCAGAGGUUAUGUUUCGUUUUGAUGAGUGAAAGACUCGUUUUAAGCAGUUCUAAGUGAUUAAAUCCGUAUUAUUCAGAAAUUGUCGAGGAGAGCUAGUGUUUAGUGAAGUGCCUCAACAUCAUUAUCAAAAUGGCGGAAUAUGUGCAAAGAAGUUGUGAAUCUAUGAUAAAAGAAUUGGAAGUUUUACGACGAAUCAAAUUAUUCUCUGAUGAUGAGAUUAAUCGUAUUAUUGUGGUGAGAAAACAUAUGGAAUCUAAAAUCCAUAACGUCUCGAAAAGUUUAGAUGAUUUUAAGAGCUAUAUAUCAUAUGAAAAACUCCUACUGAAGAAGAUCCAUCAACGCCAGAAUGAAAGAGGAAUUUCAGAGAAAAAGGGUUGGCUGGAUAACCGUAUUUUAUUCAGAAUCACGAGAUUAUACCAGACUGCAGUUCAAAGGUUCAGAAGCGAUUAUUCUUUCUAUGUAGAGUUCUUCAAAUUUUGUAGAAAACAUAAACUCAAUUCUGCAGCAUCACAAGCUGUAGAUAUUAUAAUAAAAAUGUUUUCUCAUAAACCAGAAGUGUGGAUAUUGGCUGCUAAGUGGUACUGGCACUUGAAGGAUGCAAACAGAGCUUUAAAAACACUCCAAAAAGGCUUCACAAUCCAUAAGCAAAGUAUCGAUUUAUAUAACAAAGCAAUUAAAUUGGAGCUCGACCAACUAUCUGAGGCUGACUCUGAUGUGAGAUCGAUCCAAGAACAACUAUGCGUUGUGAAAAUCAAAACGUAUGUUUCUUUGAUAUUGAGGAAUAUAACAGAUCUAGGAGAUAUACUUUCGACACUUAAAAUUGUGCAGGAUCAUGAGAUCUUGAAAGAAACACAGGAGGAGAUUUCACGUCAUGUUUUCCAAAAUUAUACUAUGGAUGGACAUUUAUUGCCACCAUUUGAGGAACAAGUACGAGCAUUGGAAGAAGGUGGAUGAGAUAUACAUAUAACUACAGCUAAAAUUUAUUCAGGCACUUGAUUUACUGCUAUCAGACGACAUUGUGUUGUACUUCUCAUUUGGAAGCUCGAUGUAGAUUGGUCUGGUUGCCGAUAAGAAUCGACUGUCCUCAACAACCUUGUUAUUGUUAAUACUGUUCAUCUGAAAGUAAAAAGAAUUGGAAUCGC